UCAAAAUUUGAAUUGAAAUUCCCAAUUCAUCAGUCGAUCGGAAGAAACAGAGAGAGUGAGAGAAAAAUCUUCUCUCAAGUUCCACCAAGAAGAAGAAGAAGAGUGAAAGAGAUCGGCACGGAAAUGGAGAAGUACGAGAAGCUGGAGAAGGUGGGCGAAGGGACGUACGGGAAGGUGUACAAGGCGAAGGACAAGGCGACGGGACAGCUGGUGGCUCUGAAGAAGACGCGCCUAGAAAUGGACGAGGAGGGAAUCCCGCCGACGGCUCUCCGGGAGGUUUCUCUUCUCCAGAUGCUCUCCAACUCGCUCUACAUCGUGCGCCUCCUCUGCGUCGAGCACGUCGACAAGAAAGGAAAGCCUCUGCUUUACCUAGUGUUCGAGUAUCUCGACACCGAUCUCAAGAAAUACAUUGAUUCCCACCGCAAAGGCCCAAACCCUAGGGCUCUCCCGCCUACGCUGAUCCAGAGCUUUCUAUAUCAGUUGUGCAAGGGCGUUGCUCACUGCCACAGCCACGGCGUUCUCCAUAGAGAUCUUAAGCCACAGAACCUUUUGGUUGACAAGGAUAAGGGUAUACUCAAGAUUGCCGAUCUCGGUCUUGGAAGGUCUUUCACUGUGCCCCUCAAGAGCUACACUCAUGAGAUUGUGACCCUAUGGUACAGAGCCCCAGAAGUGCUCUUGGGAUCCACUCAUUACUCGACUGCAGUUGAUAUGUGGUCUGUUGGUUGUAUUUUCGCUGAGAUGGUAAGGAAACAAGCAUUAUUCCCUGGGGAUUCUGAGUUUCAGCAACUGCUUCACAUAUUCAGGUUGCUAGGAACACCAACUGAGCAGCAGUGGCCUGGAGUGAGUUCUCUGCGAGAUUGGCAUGUGUAUCCACAAUGGGAGCCUCAGAGCUUGGCUCGUGCUGUCCCAACUCUGGGUCCAGAUGGUGUGGACCUUCUAACGAAUAUGCUGAAAUAUGAUCCAGCUGAUAGGAUAUCAGCAAAAGCUGCUCUUGAUCAUCCCUACUUUGACAGCUUGGACAAGUCUCAGUUCUGAACCCCAUUUGGUUUCAGUCUUUGUUACAAAAGGAUGUCAUCAUCUUGGUGAAUAUAUCUUUCAUUCAUGUAAUAGUGUUUGGAAGCCUAUCACAUCUCACAUUAUAUCUAGUAGUGUUUCCAUUUUCAAAACAAGUGUGUAUACUGUAUACGGCAUACCAUCCACCAUUGAUCUCCGGAGUAUAUUUCAUGUGUUUUCCCUGGUGGCUUUGGUAGGCCACUUGAGAUGAUUAUAUAUUUAUAUGGUAAUCGAACCACCAACUUAUAUCAAAUUAGUGGUACAUUACCUACA